AUGAGUUCUACACGCGCAACUCGUUCUAGCAGCAGAACCAACACCACCACCACUACCACUACCACCUCCAAUGAUAACGCCGGACCGUCAGCUGCGGAAGUGACUACUAGCAACGGUACCACAAAUGCCACGUCAUCGACCAGCAGCGAUCGUCGUCCCUCACCUUCAACAAGACAAUCGUCCUCACCUUCAUCGAUGAGUUCUAAAAAGAAAGACGCUAGCAAAUCCUUGAGCAGCAGCGCAAAACGCAUCUCCAAGGAAUUAGCAGAGAUCUCGUUGGACCCUCCCGCUAAUUGCAGUGCUGGACCAAAAGGUGAUAAUUUGUACGAGUGGGUUUCGACGAUCGCAGGUCCUUCUGGAUCACCUUAUGCAGGUGGUAUCUUUUUCUUGGAUGUGCAUUUUCCCCAAGAGUAUCCGUUCAAACCACCAAAGGUCGUCUUCAGAACCCGUAUUUACCAUUGCAACAUCAACAGCCAAGGUGCCAUUUGCCUGGAUAUCCUCAAAGACAAUUGGUCUCCUGCAUUGACAAUCUCGAAAGUGCUUCUGUCCAUCUGCUCUCUACUGACCGAUGCUAAUCCUCAUGAUCCACUUGUUGGCAGCAUUGCACAGGAAUAUCUGAAUGAUCGUGAAGAACAUGAUCGUGUAGCUCGGGAAUGGACAAAGCGGUAA